GAACACUUGCCGGAUGCUCUGGUUUCUUAUAGUAUUGUUACCAAAUGAAAUCAACUGCUAUAUACUACAAGAACUCAAAAACUCACAGCAAAAGGGAUGCUGCUGAUAUUUCUCUGUCCGACUCGGGCUCUUUUGCGAGCAGCAGCUCUACUGUCGCUGUCAACAGUCGUAAAAACAGCAACUCUACCGCUGUGGUGAUAUCCAAGAAUCGAACUCGACAGUCGUCAAAUAGAGCAGAUGUCCCAAUGGUGGCUCCAUCUACUUUAAACUCUGUAUUGAGUUUAUCCUCAAAGUCAUUACCCAUCUCUAUACAUAUAAAUCAGCCUGCUCACACUAUUCAAAAACACGGUCGUUCUACUAUUACUGGAUCUGCUUUAAAUCCUGCAUCUGUGCAUUCUCCACCAGUACCACUCCAUCUACAUUCUUCACACGGAAAUCAUCAACGAUCGCCACCACCAUAUACCAAAAAACUGAUCUAUCCUUCUUUGCCCUCAAAAAACCUUGCCACAGUGCAUGUUCUUACUUCAAAUCAUGUCUCUUCUCGUACAACUCCAAAUCGAACUACUAGUCAUUUGUCUGGUUCACAACAAUCAGCUUCUUCAAAAACUAUUACAGGACACUCAUCACAAUGGACUUCACAGUUUCAAGAAUACCCAACCCCAAAAAGUUCGAGUAUCCAGUCGCACGACCGUGCCGUUCGAAAAGUAAGACUAAAAUGGUCACUUGGAUUUUUAAUAAAUUUGAAUGGCUAAACUGAAAUGCUUUAUCC